AUGAAUAUAGGUUGGAUGACAGAUCUCGAAAAUUUAAUUGAAAGAAAAAGAAAUUAUAAAAAAAAUGAAACUGAACUAAUAAAAAAAAAAAAACUAAAUGAAACAAAUAAUUAUAUGAUUAAUAAUUGUUAUGAAAACAAUUAUAAUUUAUAUAAAUAUAAUAUAAAUAAAGAAGUUUUAGAAAAUUAUCGGAAAGAAAACAUAAAUGAAUUAUAUAAAUGGCAAGAUGAAUGUUUAAGUAAAUUAAAAACAGUUGAUUGGGAUAAAGGGGAAAACUUUAUAUAUGUAGCACCAACUUCAGGAGGAAAAACUUUAGUAGCUGAAAUUUUUGCCUUUGAAGAAGUUGAAAAAAUAGAAUGUAUAUUUUUUUUAUUACCUUUAAAUUCUUUAAUAAAUGAAAAAAUAGACUAUUUUAAAAAAAUAUGUAAAAAUACCAAUAUAAAAAUAGGUAGUGAAAUGGAUGAUAAUAAUAUAAUUUUAUGCACAUAUGAAAAAUUGAAUAACUAUAUGAAUAAAAAAAAAAUAAAUUGUAAUAAUAGCUAUAUAGUAAUAAUUGAUGAAUUUCAUUUAAUAAAUGAAGAACCAAGAGGGAUUUAUAUAGAAAAUAUUAUUUCAAAAAUUUUAUAUUUAAAUAAAAAUUCAGCGAAAAUAAAAAUUAUAUGUAUGAGUGGAACGUUAAAUAAUAUUCCUAUCUUAAAAAAAUGGUUAAACGCAAAAAUAUAUAUUUCAUCAUAUAGACCUCAAGAAAUAAAAGAGCACUAUAUAUGUAAUUAUGAUAUUUUUAAAAAAGAAAAAGAAAACUUUUCUUAUUUUUGUAAUACUUAUGAUUUUUUCAAAUUAUAUAAUAACAAUAAUAAUAACAACAAUAAUAGCAGUACUAAUAAUAAUAUUAAUGAUAUUACUACUAAUAGUAAUAAUGAAAGUAAAUGCAUUAGUCAGUUCAAUACAAAAAGUAAAAUUCAUUCGUUCUUAAUAAACAAAAAUAAAAUUUUAAAUAAUAGUUUAAUUCAUUCAUUAUUGUGUCUUUCUAUUCAUAGUUUAGAUAACAAUUUAAACACAUUGAUAUUUUGCUCUACUAAAAAAAAUUGUGAAUUUUACAUUAAUAUAAUAAAUAAAUUUCUAAAUGUUAAUCCUUAUCAUAAGACUUCUGAAGAUACUCAAAUAAAAAGAAAAAAGUUAAAUGAGAAAAUAUUUCUUAUUGAUAAGCACAUAUAUAAUAAAAUGAAUAAAUUAAUAAGUAAUGGAAUUUGUUACUACCAUAGUGACAUCAAUAUCUCUGUUAAAAAGUUACUUGAAAUAUCUUUUAAAGAAAAAACAUUAUUUUUAUUAACUUGUACAUCAACUUUAUCAGUUGGAUUAAAUUUACUAGUUGAUAGGGUUAUCAUAUCUUCCCCUUUUAUUGCUCAACAUUUUUUAUCUAUUACCCAAUAUAAACAAAUGAUUGGUCGCGCUGCUAGAUUAAAAAAAGGAGACUCAAUUAUUAUAGUUGAAAAAGAGCAUGAAAAAACUUUGUUAGAAGUUUUUAAGCAAGAUUUUACAAAUAUAAAAAGUACUAUGAAUAAUUCUUUAGAAUCUCUUGAAAAAUACAUUAUUGAAUUUAUAUGCUUAUAUUAUCAAAAAUUAUCUUUUAAUAAUAUUAUUCACAUGCUAUCAUUUUCUUUGUAUUAUAAUGAAGUUGUAAGUAGUAAGCGAGAAGAAAAAAAAGAAUUAUUAAUUUCUCUUUUGAAUGAAGAAGAAAAAAAAAGAGGGAAUAAUUAUAGAGAACUUUUCGAAAUAAAUAUAAAAGAUUUAACAGAAGAAGAAAUAUUUUUUUAUAACAAAAAAAAGGAAGAAAUACAUAAAGUAAUAAAUAAUUUACUGAAACAUAAAUGUAUAGAAAUAAAAAAUAAAAAUUUUGAAAUAACUAAUUUUUGCAAAUCGUUAUGCAUAAGUAACUUCACGUUAUCAUAUGGCAUAGAAUUAUUAAAUGAAAUAAAAAGUUUUGAAAAAAUAUUUUUAUAUAAUAAUUUUCAUUUAUGUUAUUUAUGUUCUUCUUGUAAUAUAAACAUCACAUCGUUUAAUUAUAACUUGCCAUUUUUAAAAAAUUUAAUAUCAAUGAUUUCUGAUAAUUACACAAGAAAUAUAAUUUUUCAAAUAUUAAAAUUUGAUAGCGAUAUAAUAAAUAUGCUAAAUUUAAAAAAUCAAAAUAUAUAUAACAAAAAAAAAUUAUUUUUCAAUGAUAAUGCACUUCAAGGAAAAUACUGUAAAUUGUAUAUGUCUAUUUUAUUAUAUAUGUAUUUGGAAGAAAAUAAUUUUUCUUUUAUAUGUAGUACUUUUAAAAUAACGAUAGAUGUUUUACAAUCUAUUUUACAGUAUACUUAUAUGUAUAUUCACAUUUUAAUUGCAUUUUAUUAUCAAAUAGAUGAAUGGAUGAUAGCAAGCUUUUUAAAAAAAUUUCUUCAAUAUUUUAAAAAUUCCAAAGCAUUAUCCAGUCAUCAUUAUGAUAUUUCUCAAGCUAAUAAUUUGAAAUAUACUCACAAUUUUCAAAAAAAAAAAAUGCAAAAGAAAAGUACUGCAUAA